UUGCGACUGCGGUGACGUCAUUGAUUAGCACUCCCAGCAGUUUCUCUCAAGUCGUUGUUGACACAUUCUUGGUGACCUGACUCACAUAAUUCUCCUCAGUACAGCGGGAACAGUGAGCAGAGAAUGAUAUCGUGAUUUCGGACACAAAGCUGUCCUGUGUCAGGUUUUUACCCGGUUCUUGAGCUUUCGAAUGAAAGUUAGCGUUGCUAGCUAUUAGCUAGCGUUCUCAGUGGCUGAGAGUUUGUGAGUUGGGAUAAUUAUGGACUACACGGCGCUGGAACUCGAUGGAGUGAAAUUUGCCAAAACAGCUGUCAUCUAUGACCAAAAUGGAAAAUAUAACGAGGCUGUAUUUUAUUAUAAGGAGGCAGCCCAAGCCCUGAUAUACGCUGGUAUGGCAGGUUCCAAACUGGAGGGAAUCCAGGACAAAGUGAAUGAAUACUUGGAUCGUGUCCAAGCUCUGCACAAUGCAGUCCAGGUACAGAAGAGUGACCCAUUAAAGUCAAGUCAGCAGGUUGACUUGGAACGCGCCCAUUUCCUGGUCACCCAGGCUUUUGACGAAGAUGAGAAGGGGAAUGAUGAUGAAGCAAUAGAACUCUAUACUCAGGCAGUGGAGUUAUGCAUUAAGACGUCCAAUGAGACAUCAGAUCAGAGUCUGCAGACCAAGCUCAAGCAGCUGGCACGGCAGGCUUUAGACAGGGCGGAGGGCCUUAAGGAAUCCCAGACCAAAUCAACUUCAGGCCACACACAAAACAAAACAGGACCUUCUGGGGCAAAGCCAAGCGUCUCUUCUGGGGGACCAGCCCGUCAGUUUUUCCCACUCGGUCCAGAUUUCACUCUCAAUGACAGGCUGCAGCCCCAGCCUAUGCCGUCCGUGCAGUCCAGUGAUCCCCAGGGCCAGCGAUACACUGCAGAGGAGAUCGAGGUUCUCAGGACGACAUCUACAAUCAAUGGCAUAGCUUAUGUACCCUUUAUGAGUGUGGACUUGAAGGAGCGGUUUGCCUUUCCUGUUCCUUUCUCGGACAAAGUGGGCCACCUGACAUUGUCACCCAAACAGAAAGCAAUCUUCUCCCGCUGGGUCCGGCCAGAUCAGAUUUCCAAUAACCCCACCAUGAUCAUGUCUGUGUCCAGCUUCAGCAUCAAACAGACGGUUGUGUCUGACUGUUCCUUUGUGGCUUCACUUGCCAUCAGUGCAGCCUACGAGAGGCGCUACAACAAGAAACUUAUCACCAGCAUCAUCUACCCUCAGAAUAGGCGUGGAGAACCGGAGUAUAACCCCUGUGGAAAGUACAUGGUCAAACUUCAUAUCAAUGGAGUUCCAAGGAAGGUGAUUAUAGAUGACUACUUGCCAGUGGAUCAUAAUGGAGAGCUGCUGUGCUCCUACUCCAGUAACAGGAAUGAACUUUGGGUCUCUCUAAUAGAGAAGGCAUACAUGAAGGUGAUGGGAGGCUAUGAUUUCCCAGGUUCCAACUCGAACAUUGAUCUGCAUGCACUCACUGGCUGGAUCCCUGAACGCAUCGCCAUGCACUCAGACAAUCAGUCAUUCAGCAAAGAUGACACCUUCCGCAUGCUCUAUCAAAGGUUUCACAAGGGUGAUGUCCUAAUCACCACGGCAACAGGGGUGAUGACAGAGGAAGAAGGAGAGAAAUGGGGUUUAGUGCCAACACAUGCCUAUGCUGUACUUGACAUCAGGGACUAUAAAGGAAAGCGUUUCCUGCAGCUAAAGAAUCCAUGGAGCCAUCUGCGGUGGAAAGGGCGCUACAGCGAACGAGAUGAGAAGAACUGGACACCUGAUCUCCUCAAAUAUCUUAACUUUGACCCCAAAACAGCACAGAAAUUUGACAAUGGUGUUUUUUGGAUCGCAUGGGAGGAUCUGUGUCAGUACUAUGAUGUGAUCUACCUGAGCUGGAACCCUGCCCUGUUCAAAGAGUCCUUCUGUAUUCACAGUAGCUGGGAUGGGAAACAGGGACCAGUGAAGGAUGUCUACAGUCUGGCGAACAACCCCCAGUACAAGCUGGAGGUCCAGUGUCCAGCAGGAGGCGCUGCUGUGUGGGUGCUGCUCACCCGGCACAUCACUGACAAGGAUGAUUUUGCACAGAACAGAGAAUUUAUCACCCUUGUUGUUUACAAGACAGACGGGAAAAAGGUUUAUUAUCCAGCGGACCCUCCACCAUAUAUCGACGGUAUCCGCAUCAACAGCCCCCACUACCUGACUAAGAUGAGACUGACUAGCGCAGGAACACACACCUUCACGUUGGUGGUUUCCCAAUAUGAGAAACAGAACACGAUCAACUACACACUGCGGGUCUACUCAGGAUGCAAGUUUACCUUCUCCAAGAUCCCAAAUCCCUUCACUCAUGUUAAAAGGGUCAAUGGCCAGUGGAAGGGACUCAGUGCUGGGGGUUGUGGGAAUUAUAAGGAUACAUACAAACACAACCCAAUCUAUCAGCUCAACUUGGAGCGUCCUGGAAUGCUGCUUGUUGAGCUCCGAGGAUCCAGGCAAUAUAGUGUUGGGUUUGAGAUGGUGACUGUGUCGACUGUGGGUGAACCGGGCCCAGCGGCCUUCCACAAGAAGAGUAGUGGAGAUUACAGAUGUGGCUUCUGCUACAUGGAGGUAGAUCAUGUCCCAGCAGGCAUUUACAACGUGAUCCCUACCACUUUCCUACCAAAACAAGAAGGACCCUUCUUCCUGGACUUUGCAAGUACCACGCCUAUCAAAGUCUCCCACCUCCAGUGACGAUGAUGAUGAUGAAGAGAGGGAGAUGGCACGGCUCAGGUUCAAGUGGAAAA